UUCAAAUCUGGGACUGAGGCGCACUCGUCUGCGGCUGUGAGGAGAUUUUUAUCACAAACAAUGCAGAGACCGGGGUGAGUAUUACGUUUCUUUAUGUACACGAUACUUAAUAAACACUUUAAAGCCACAGUCUGUCAGUAAUAUGAAGGUGGGAAACACUAACUUCCCUCAGUUGUACAUAACAGUCGACAACAUUGAGCACAGUAGUCCUCUCUGGUAUCGGUUAAGAAGUAAUUUUUCUACAUAAAAACAAACAAAAAACAUUAUUUUUAUCGUUUAAUAUACAACUAAAAAACAAUUGUAACGUUAAAUCGGAAAAAAAGUAAUAUCACAUGAAUUUUUUGACUGUGACCUGCGAUUUGCCGUUAACAAGUGACACCUGAGCUAACUAUGCUAGUUAGCCUUAAUCGACGUAAAGGUGACAGAGUACAGUCAGUGAAAUGGAUUCAGAAAUGUUUGGGAGAAGGUUAGAUUCUGCUCACCACUCAUCUCUUUUUAUAGAUUCUGAUAACUUUGUGAGGAUUUGAAUGCCAGGUCACCAUCAAUAAUGAUAAUAAUGAGGGAUAGACCACUUAACCUGGUAGUUAUUGGCAUUUUGACAUAAACUGCGCCAUUAUCUUGUCUAAAUGAUAACACAUCUUUUAUAUCCAAUAUCCAUUUGCAGCAUAUCUAACCCAAGACAGUUAUUGACUAGUGUUUAAAUUCCGUAUUUUAUUGUAAUAUUCAGUAUUGACAGCCAUGAUUAUUUUUCUUUCUUAACAAUUCAGACAGCCUGACAGAGAGCCAAUAGUCCUUUGUAGCAAUAUUUAAGUGAGCCAAAUAGUUUCUAUCUACAUCUACUUAAUUAAAUGUUUACUGAGGUUCAGCGGUAUGGUUAUUUUUUUGUUAGUAGGGCUGGGACGAUAUGCUUUUUUCCGAUUCAAUUCUCGUACGAUUUUUUGGAUGCCGAUUCGGUUUAAAUUCCAUGAUAUUGUCUAAUUUCUUGAUGUUUAGUCUGCAUUUGUAAAACCAAUGAAACAGUUGAAUGAUAAUGAUUGUUUACUGACUAUUCAAGGAGCCACAUUUCCCCAAAAAUUAAACAUCACAUGUAAGUCAGUUUUUAAGGUUUAUUCUUACAUUUAAAAAAAAAUCUCCCACCCCUGUUUGUUAGUCUCAUUAAAUUGUUGUAUUUUGUCAAAUGCAAAAAACAAACUAACCAACCAACCAACAAACAAAAAAGCCCAUAAAGUGAUAUUGUACAUUGUAUAUCUGCCACCCCCCAACAGCUGCCUCAUAGUCUGUAUCAGCAUCUACUACUGAGCCUUAACAGGACUCCAUUGUAGUAUUGAAGGCGAAAGCCAGCAAAUGAUUGUGUUGCAUGCAACUGUGCAGUACUGCCUAGUAUUUGAGUUUGAUUCUGUUUUUGCUUUAUCACUUUCAGCAAAGGAAAGACCCCCCGGCGGCCGGGUCCAAAAAAACCACUCAGUAUCGAUAAAGACCCUGUUGGAGUAAGUAAAUGCUUAUGCUAAUCAAACCAAUACAGUUUCAUGUAACAGUAAUACUAACAAUAUUUCGUAGUAGUUUUAAACCCCAGUAAAAAUAGACAACUUAUCCUUUAACUAACAUUGAUCUAAUAUAGAGAGAUUCCAUAUGUAACAUAAUAACAUCUGAGUUAGUCGUAGAUCUUCCACUGUGGAAUUGCUGUCUUGUAUUGUAAGCCUGUCUUGUCCUCAGAAUGUAACUUUGACAUAGGUGAACACAAACUUAGGUCUCUCGGUUAUAAGAUCUCCUCUAACUGUUCUUCCCUGUAGGUUUACUGCCGUAUACGUCCACUUGGAGCAGAGGGUGAAGAAUGUUGUGUUGAGAUGAUCAGUAGCUCUACCAUCCAGCUACACGCUCCUGAUGGCCUUAAAGCAAACCGCAAUGGAGAAUACAAGGAGGUAAGCCAGUUGCUGCUUACCUCUAAGCAUACAAAGCCAAACCAUCAACAUCUUUGUAUUUGUUCUGUUUUCUUAAAUUUCAGCUCCAGAAAAAAAACAGCCAACAGUUUUGGAAAAACAUUAAUUUGAAAAGAUUAUUUACACAGCACAUAAAAAUAACUGUUCAACAUUCAUUGAGACAAAAAAGGUGGUUCAGUGAUAGUUGUAUUUAUGAGACACCUGGGAUAUUCUUAGAGACAGUCAGGUUUAAAAAUGGUGGUCAUUAUAAAUUAAUCCGCUAUUAUUGUCCAUUUCUUUUGAAUGUUAUUCACAUAAACUAAGUUUUCUCUUAUUGUCCCACAGACACAGUACUCCUUUAAGAAAGUAUUUGGUAUAAAUACCAGUCAAAUUGAACUAUUUGAAGAUGUUGCCAAGCCACUGGUAGAAGACCUCAUUCACUGUAAGAAUGGUAAGUCAGUUAUAGUUUUUUUUUUUAGACAUGGAAAGUUCAUAAAGUGCACUAAGGUAGGAUGCCAAACAUCAAAAAUGUAAUUCUUUCCGGGGCAGGUUAGAAUUUUCUUGUUGAUCCCUAAUUGAUAUGAAACUGCUUAGAUUAUUGAUUAAUAUGAAAGUUUAUAAUGUGCAUAAUAGUAAGUUUUGGGACUGCUGGUUAUAAUAAAAGAACAUGUGAGUUUUCAUCAAACCACUGUUUUGCCUCUGGUCUCACAGAGAAAAGUCUAAAUACUCUUCAUAAUGCAUGUUUAUAUAAUUGUGGUAUUCGAUUAUUGCUAGGUCUGCUGUUUACAUACGGUGUUACUGGAAGUGGCAAGACGUUCACCAUGACUGGCUCACCUGGAGAGGGUGGACUCCUCCCUCGAUCUCUAGACAUGCUCUUCAACAGCAUUGGGCCCUUUCAGGCCAAACGAUUUGUGAGUCUCUCAUUCUAUAAAGUUUGUCUGCUGUCGUUCUCCAAGUAUAGAGGGGUGAGACAUUUGUUUGAAAUGUUUUGAAUCUUAGGUGUUCAAACCAGAUGACAAAAACGGGAUGGAGAUCCAGAAUCAAGUUGAUGCUCUCCUUGAGAGACAGAAGAGGGAAAGUCAGCCGUCUGUGCCCAAAACGCCAUCUUCCAGGUAGUUAUGAGCAGUUCUGUUUCACUUUCAGCUCCCAUUUUGUUUUUGUUAUGGUUCAAAGUGCUGGAGGAAGGCAUCACAGACUGCCUGCACAGUACAUUCACAGUGCGAAAAAUUUUGACAUUUUUCUUGUGGUUUAUGUUUUCAGACAGAAGGCUGAUCCAGAGUUUGCAGAUAUGAUCAGCUCUGAGGAAGCAUGUAAAUCUGAGAAUGUGGAUGAAGACUGCUGUUACAGUGUCUUUGUGUCCUACAUCGAGGUCUACAACAACUACAUCUAUGAUCUUCUUGAAGAUGCUCCAUUUGACCCAAUCAGACCCAAGUAAGUGAGAGAAGUUCUAACUUGUUAAGUGUUCUCUAGACAAAGCUUGUGUGUCUUGACAUAAUUUAUGGUACUCUUCAAAAACAAAGAUUGAAAAGUUAACCACCUGGAUCCACACAGUAACGCUGUACCUGUGUGCAGUCGAAAGGAUCUCUUCUGGUUCUGCUUUGUCGUUUUAUUUUGAAAAGGUGCACUUUAAAAAUCCUGUUCUCAAUAGGUGGCUCGCUGGAGGCACGCCUGUACGCGGCAAUGAGUUCAUGUAUGUGGCCAGUAAAAGUACACCCUGUAGUAUUCUGUUGGUGGCAACUUGGCUGUAGCUGUUAUGUUGUGUAGGUCAUCAGUGCAUUCCCACCCCUUUAUUUCAAAGCUCAGUCAGUAGCAUAGGUGUAGCUUAUUAGCUCUAUAACAUUCAUGUGGCUGUUGUCUUCACUUACUUCUCCCUGCUGUUCAUGUAAGAGUAGAGACCCGUAAUAUCCCCUGAAUGGCUCAUAUGCAAAUGGAGUGUGCAUGUGUCUGUGGCCUUGUGUGUAUGUCUCUGCAGAAUGUAUUUUAAUUUAAUGUUGACACUAAUAUCCUUUUGCUUUUGCUGCUUCCAUGACUAAAUCAAAACACUGUUGUGUUGCAUUAUUUGUAUUGAUUGUUUUUACCAACAUUUUCAGACCACCUCAGUCUAAAAUCCUCCGUGAAGAUCAGAAUCACACCAUGUAUGUGGCUGGCUGCACAGAGGUUGAGGUGAAAUCUACAGAGGAGGCUUUUGAAGUCUUUUGGAAAGGUGAGUGAGUUACAAUAAUUAUAUGAUCUCUUUAUUGAUUUUAAAUACCGGCAACAAAGAGAAGGCAUCAAAGUUUUUUCUGCUCUAUAUGGCUGUUUUCAGGCUACAUUGGGAAAAUGAAUCAUAAUUACAAACAACAUGGGACAGAGAAAAUCUGUGGACUAUAAAAAGAUGUAAUGUCAUCUCUUAUCACAUGAUGUAUUAAUUUUCAGGACAAAAGAAAAGGAGGAUUGCCAACACACAACUGAACCGGGAAUCCAGCCGCUCUCACAGUGUGUUCACAGUGAAGCUGGCACAGGCUCCUCUUGAUGCUGAUGGGGACCACAUUCUACAGGUGCAGGAUAAAAACAUUAAAAUAUGAUCAAAGAUUUUCUCUUUAAAUAUAUAUCAUCCAUUUCAAUGUAAUCCUGGCAGGCAGAGAGAAAAAUCCAAACAUACCAUGUAUCAUAGGGAUGACACUAACUGUGUUUUAAACUGCAGGACAAAAACCAGGUCACUGUGAGCCAGCUGUGUCUGGUUGACCUAGCGGGAAGCGAACGUACCAGCAGAACCCGGGCAGAGGGAAACCGACUGCGUGAAGCAGGUCAGUUAAUUCAUAUCUGUGGGAUAGGGGGCUUUUUUCAUCAAUCUGCUAGAUUUGUAUUGUUUUAGUUAAAUAUAUAAUUUUGGUCGUCAAAUGUCUGAUUCCCCUCUUCCCUGCAGGUAAUAUUAACCAGUCCUUGAUGACUCUGCGCACAUGUAUGGAGGUCCUGCGAGAAAACCAGAUGUGUGGAACCAACAAGGUUCAAAACUUUAAAUCUCUUCAUCGCUAUUUUAAACCAUUGCUCAGUCAUCAUUUUAUGUCCAAGAGCUACUAAUAACCUUAAUUCUUACCAGCAAUGAUGUUCCAGUUUGUGCAGUUUCACAUGGCCUUUAUUUUCCUCCAGAUGGUGCCGUACAGAGACUCCAAAAUUACGCAUUUGUUUAAAAACUACUUUGAUGGAGAAGGCAAAGUCAGGAUGAUUGUGUGUGUUAACCCAAAGGCUGAUGAUUAUGAUGAAACUAUGGUAAGGUGUUUUAUUUGACUUGUAUGUUUGCAAUUAUUUCUGAUUAGAUAUUUUUUUAACUGUUGACCAUUCUGCUGUAAAAAUAAGAUUUGGAGCAUUUCUAGCUGCCUGAAGGAGUUUUGAUGGAUGUUGUGAAUUUCAAGAGACAAUGAUUUGCUUGUCUGGCAGUUGGUGAUGCGCUUUGCUGAGAUGACCCAGGAGGUUGAGGUUGCACGUCCAGUUGACCGGCCUAUCUGUGGCCUUGCUGCAGGACGCAGACACAGAAAUCAAGCGCUCAGAGAUGAGCUGUCACGUCGUUUGGAGGAGCGAGGAGGUCCAAUCAAUGCUGGUACAUUACCCUUAAAUUUUGUAUUAUUAGCUCACCGUGGUCAUCUGAGACUGUACUCUCACAUGUUACAUAUUUAGUAUAUAAUUAUAGCUAAUUUGCAGUAUAUAAGGUAUAGGUUACUAACUCUGCAACAUUUCUUCUUUUUUCCGCAUUAGAUGAUCCGGGUUUGCUGAAUCAGCUCAUAGAAAGCCUUCCAGCCCUGCCUCCCUGUGAGCUGGUUGACCCAGCUGAUGAUCAGACGCUGCCCCGCCUGAUUGAGGCCCUGGAAAGGAGGCAACGUAUCCGUCAGAUGUUGACAGAGCAGUUCAGCAAAACUGGUGAGGAACUUUUUUGACAGCCAAAAUAUUUGUCUGAUGUGAAUAGAGUGCAGAAUUUAUAGCAAAAAGAAUCUUACGAAACAUUGAUGCAUUUGUAAACUUUAGAGGCAACACUGAUUUAAACUUAUGUUUUUUUGAUGACACCUUCAGGCUGUACUUCCUCUUAGUGCCAGAUGACCCCUUAUUCAAAGCUGUGACGGGAUUUGUUUUGGUUGCUGAGCGCUCUUUUGUGUCUUCAUGAUAAGAAAGGUAAAUGUUUGACAGAUUUAUGUUUUUUUUCCAAUGCAGCCAUGACACUGAAGUCCAUGAUUCAACAGUUUGACGGCCAGCUUAAUGCAAAGGAUACCUUCCUUCACGAUCAAAGAAACAAACUGAGUGAGAAAGACAAAGUCAUCAUCAGCCAGAGAGCAGAGAUGGAACGACUGGAGAAAAAAUCCAAAACAUUAGAAUACAAGGUAUUGUCCGCUUUACAGGAAAAUACAAUUACCUGUUGUUACAUUUGUUACUUAUUUUUUUUUAUGUGCUCAUAAAGUCAAGAUUUGUGAGUUUAAUUUUUCCCCUUUUAAACUACCGGGCGUCCUCUUCAGGUCGACGUCUUACAGAAGACCACAGACAUGUACGAACAGGAUAAGCGCUCCCUUCAGCAGGAGCUGGAGACACGAGAGCAGAGGCUGCACAGAGAGCUGUCAGAGAGGAGGCGCAUGGAGCAGCGCAUGCAGGGCGUGAUGACGGACACCAAACUCAAGUGGGAGAAAGAGUGUGUAAGUGGAACCAUUGACAAGAGUAUUUUUAUCAAGUAACAACUGGUUUCUAUACUGCGGAUGAAAUUGAGAUCAGAGAAGCUGAACAUGAAUGUUUAAUGAGGCAGCUAAAAUACCAGGGCCUUGGUGUCCACCUUAUAUCUGGUACUUUGACAUCUAACAUCUGGUUGAUGGUGAGCUAAAUCAGAUCAAUCUAAAUCUUUGUCUAAAACUGCUGAUGUUUCAUAAAUAGGAAAGGCGAGUGAACGCCAAGCAGCUGGAGAUGCAGAACAAGUUGUGGGUGAAAGAUGAGAAGCUGAAGCAGCUCAAGGCCAUAGUGACAGAGAGCAGCAGUGGUAGUGGCUUUGUCGUGGAGCGCCCAGAGAAGCCGGACAGGCCAUCAAGGGAGAGAGAUCGCAACAUGGCCCAGAAGAGGUCUGCCUCACCACCGCCCCUUCCUGUGAGUCAUUUACUCUCUGAAGCCUUUUUCCCUUCAGUGGGCUUUACAUACAUUUCUGCAACAACUUGAUCUAACCUUGAAAAUUGUGCAUGUCAUUAAUUAUUAUUGUGAUCAUCUUAACGUGGAUACUUAAAUUUGUGUUAUUGUACACAGCAGCUUCUCUUUUGUACCACCAUGUUUUGUGUGUCUGUUAUUCUGGAGCCCCUAACACCCACAAUGCUUGGCCCCCCUCCCUCAUCACUUUCCAGGACAACAGCCAAACUCCUUUCAACCCAAAUCGAGCCAAUGUUAGGGCAGCUCAGGAUCACUACCCCACCUCCAGUACCUCCUCCUCAUCCUAUCCCUCAGUAGCUUCCUGCAUAUCUGAAUGGGAGCAGAGGCUUCCUAUAGACUCAAACAGCAGGGCAAGGCAUGCUGAGACUCCCCAAUACAGAAGCCGGACUCCCGCCUCCUGUCAAGGCACCAGCAGCGUUGGUCGCAGGAGAGGCCAGCGCUGGGCCCCUGAGUCUGAGGCCCCUUCUACGACUCUUGUCAAUGGGCUAGACCUAGAAGCAGGCAAAAGGGUUAGUGUGUUAGGACCUAGAUGUCUGUAAGGUUAUGUUUUGUUCUGCGUGUUUGUAGUUUGAGCCUAGCUGCUUUGUAGAACUUUACUUGCAGUGUUUUUCAUAGAUACCUGCUUUUGUAGAAAUGCAUCAAGUAGAAGUGCUGCAUCAUUUGAAAGCUGGUGUUUCUUCUUGUCCCUAGAUUUUAAGGUAGACUAGUCUAUCAUGCUUGUACAUUCUUUCGACUUGCAUCUUUAGCUUCAUGAGUAGUUGCACUGGGUUUGUUGUUCAGGUUCCAACUGCAGACUGCAGUUUUCCCUCGCGCUAUUCCUUUUUCUCCAACACUGAUGAUAAAUUGCAAAGUAAAUACAAAAAUAACGAUUUUGCUUAAAAAUGCUAAAACUGCAUUCUGAGUACAAAUCUUGAGUGCCCCACAACUAAAUUUUCUUACCAGAUCUAUUUUUACAGAGGUAUCACUAUGCAGACUGUCCUUUUUUUUUUAAAUGUAGAAAGAAACAAUAACUUUGACCUUCUGGACUAGAGUUAGACUUUACACAUGGGGGCCGAAUCAACAGAUUUAAAUCUAUCAUUCAUUACAGAUGUAUUUUCUUUUAUCUCCAAAUAUGCACAUGUGGAUCUGUUUGUUCUUUUGGACAGUGCCUUUGCAUACUCUGCAAUUUGCUUUGUAAUAUUAUAAUUUGCAAUUUUACCUCAAUUGGUUCCAGACUUGUGAAUUGUUGCCAAAGUUUAUGAUUUAUUCCCAGCAACUCAAAAAAAUGGAAAUAAAUCCAGUGAGACAAAGCUGUAAUCCAACCUGAUUAUGAGGUUAACUUUAACGACUACCAUGUGGAAAACAAAUCUAACAUCCAUAAUGGAACAUUCGAAUAGAUUCAAAGCCAAAAUGUAUCAUUGAAUUUGCUUUUUGACCCCAAUCAUGUUGCUACUGGAAUAGAAUCUAAGACUCCACUGUAUCAUUUUUUGCAUUUAAAAAAAAAGGGAUCUUAUAAAACCUACGUCAGUCACUUGUGCUUUGAAACACAACUAUGACCUGCAUUUACAACCCAUAUUUCAUUCUGUUUGCAUCCAGUCUUAUUGCAACACCAUCUCCUCACUCCUUUGGCACUGCUUUGCAUGCUCACGCUUACUCACUCAAGUCAGGCUGUAAUUGCUAAAUGAGAAUAUGUACUGCUGGAAGGCCGGAGCACUGUUUGUCUCAGAUGUGAUGUGAAAAUAUAUGUGGAGGGCUACAAGUUCUUGAGUUUUUAUUUCUCAGAAAUGUAAGAAUAAUCAUUUAAAUCCUCUAUUUGGUAAAAUCUCUGUCUCUCAUGGACUUCCAGAAGUACACCUUCUUCAUUUCAAGUUGACCCUCUAACAAUCAACCUUCUACCUACUAACCCAGACAAGUUUGAAAUGAUCCUGCUGGUGUCACAUGAGAAUAAUUACUUGGUUUGUCUUUCUCACACCGGGAUCACCAGACGGCCCCCCCGGUUCGUCCAUCACACAGGCGCUCACACUCUGCGGGUGGGGAGAAAUGGGUAGACCACAAACCAGCUUCUAAUUUGGACCUAGACACUGUCAUGCAGCCAAUCAUACCCAAUGCAAUCACGGUGUCAACCCCUAAUGAGAAAGCUCUGUCGAAAUGCCACAAAUACGUGCUUCGACAUCAAGAGCUUGCCUCUGAUGGGGAGAUUGAGACCAAAUUGAUCAAGGUAAAAUCACAUCAUUGUUUAAUCCAGACUUCUGACUGUUUUAUAUCCUGCAUGAACUUGACUUUGACUCAUCAUACAUUGAUUUCCCACUUGGGGUCCUGUACACUACCUCUGAUUUUGUCAACACUUUCAGGACGUAUUUCUCCUCUUUUUUUCAUCCAUAAGACAUUUGUGAGUUUUUAUUUAUUUCUGCAGGGCAAUGUUUUUAAGACCAGAGGUGGGGGACAAGCUGUGCAGUUCACUGACAUUGAGACGCUGAAACAAGAAUGUCCAACAGCACCAAGGUAGUGAUUAAAUGCUAUGGUUUGGGAUGUUUCUGUAUUUGUGUACAAGGCAAUGUGACAUUGUAAGAUACUGACACAACAUGGCUGCUUUAUUAUUCAAAACAAUAAAUCCAUGAUUUUUGUACAACUGUUCUGUACAACUUAUGGUUUGCAUUUAAAUAUUUAAGCAGCAGGUUAUUCCUUGCAACAAUAACCUUAAGGGUUGAUUAGUCUGCUACAGAGACUAAGCAUAGUUUUUAUGAGCAGGAGAACAAAUUGAGGGGAAAUGCGCUUACAUACAUUUACAUGCCUGUUUAUUUGCAAUCACUAGUUGUGUACUUUGAAACCUUUUUUUUAAACCAUACACUAGAUUGAAGACAACCUGUUUUGGAACAUUAUUAAUGCCAACAAAUUUAUAACAUCAGGUCAAAUUUGGACGUAAAAUGAAAAUUUCCUUAAGCUUUACGACAACCUCUCUUUUUCAGUCGGAAGAGGCGAUCCGGGUCUGGAGAAGGAUCCACCAAUAGUGAUGACAUAGAAAACAGGGUAAGCUUGUACUCAACAUACAAAUUUAAAAAUGGAACAGUUUAUUUUUCAUUUUAUCAGAUUCAGACACAACAUGAUUGAAAAUAUUCUUUUGCACAUUUGACCCAGAAUUGUGGCUUUAGUGAAUUUCUUUGAAAUUUGUCAAUAUUUUCCAACCUUGUUUUUUUUUUUAUUAGGCUCCAGUAACAAGCACAGUCACAAGCUAUGGCUUUCAGAAGUAAGAAACAUGCAUGUGUUUGUAAUAUGUGUACACUAUCAACCAUGUUAUAUUUAUCCCUUCUUUCCUGCUGUUGCCUGGGAUUUAGUAUGAACCUUUGUAUUUCUUCUUUUAGACGCAGAAAGCCUUGAGGUCCUGCUCUGAACAUAUGAAGGAAUUAUUUUUUUCGACUCUGACUGUUGGAUCACUGAAGGGACCACCGUAUGAGAUAUGAGACUAUGCAUCCUUUUGAGAGUCAGUCAUUUUUUUUAUACUAUAUCUGUUCUUACUGCAAAUUAUUAGAGUGCAAUUCUAACUUAAUCAAAACUGAACAUAUAUGCUGGACUAGUGUGCUUUUUCUUUUUUGAAUGCUG